AUGAAAAUUAAUGAACGUUUUUAGUACUAAUCAAAGUAGGAGGAAAUUAAUUUAGAUAAGGAAGCCUCUGAUAUUGCUUAAAGAAUCAUGGAAAAAGUUCGAUAGAGAUCAACAGCAAAGUCUGAUCAAAAAGAGUUGGCUUCUUAAUAUUUAAGAGCAAGUGAUUAUAAGGCUAGACAAUUGUUUAAAGACAAUUAAAUAGAAAUUAGAAGAUAAUCUGAAAAGGUUACUAAAGGAACAAGUCAAUAGAUUGGAAGAAAAGAAGAAAUUUUUGUUCCUGAAUUUAAAAUCAGCAAAGACAACAAGCCUUAUGAUUUGGCUCGACUAGAGAACCAAUUAAGAAUGGAAGACAUAAAAACACCUAUUAAAAUUCCACUUUAACUUAAUGGAUAAGGAUUUAAGGAUGCACAUUAAAAGACAGUUAAAAUAAAUAAUUAUGAAAGCAUGGGUUUUUAAGAGCAAAAAAAUGUGAAAUGGAUAUAAAUUAUGUAUAAAAUUAUCUUUUGUUUAGGAAUGAACAAACUUAACCAUCAAAUUGUCAAAUACAUUAACUAAGCAGUAAAAGAAUGUCAUCUCCUAAGCGUAACCAUCCUAAACUAGAUAGUAAUUAUCAAACUAAAUCUUAAUUGUAUUUGAAAACUACUUAAUUAUAAACACCUAUUUCUGUCUAACAUAAAUAAUCAGAUAUAGUUUCCCAAUUAUUAGGGAGCUUGAAGAACCAAAAUAGAAACUAUGUAGAGUAAAGAUCAAAACGAUGA